AAUCAGAAAGAAAAGUGUGAACGUAAAAGAAAAGCCUACAGCAUCAGCAGCACAAAAUUAGCCGAUGGAAACUCGGAUGAAAGUCCUAGAAUAUCUCUGCUGAUCAUUAGUAUUAGGUUUUAUUUUUAGUCUUAACACGUAAUUGCAAAUAUCUACAGAAAUAUCUAGCUUGUUUGUAAGUGUAACCCGUCGUAAAGAUGGAUAAUGACAUAUUGGACUCUCUUAACGAUUUGGGCUACACCGGCCCACUUACCGAUGAAGCUGCCUUUGCCAAAGCUCUUGACGGAGGCCCCAAGUCCUUGGAGUACACCAAACUGAUCCACAUCCUCGCUGAAGAACUAAAGAAGCUAUGUAACCUUGAAGAGACCGUGAACAUGAUGAAUGAUCCGGAUGAGUCCAGUUCUUUCCUGCUGGAGCUUAGUUCCUUUUUAAAGGAGCUAGGGUGUCCUUAUAAGAAUCUAGUUACAGGUCACAUGUCCUCCCGCCUGGAGACGAAGGAAGACAAGAUCUUAUUACUCGACUACAUGAUCUCAGAGCUGAUGGCAGCUAGGAUUGUGGGGGUAGACCGGCCUAAGGAGAAACCGGGGAUGGAAAUAGUCAUGCAAGAAUCUCCCACCGCCAAGGACCUGAAGGAGAUCCUGAUAGCGCUAAAGUUCAACAAACCGCCACCCAACAUUACUGCUGAGAUGCUCUUCUCCAAGUUGGAGUCAAAACUCAAGGACACAAUACAGAAAGAAGGUCAACAGCUAGUAGGCAAGCCUUUAUACAACAAAGCUAUGACGGAGAAAGACUGGAAGGCACUCGAGACAGCUUUCUCGGAGAUGUAUGACGAAUACAGGCUGAGGAGGGAAACAUUGAUCACUAGGUUGGAGUGCACGGUGCAGAGUUUUGAGUGGUCCGAACGCCUCAAAACGAAGAAAGACGUCAUCCAAUCCGCAUACCGGCCGACACGUGACCAAAUGAGAAUCAAACCCGACGUCAAACUCUCAGACUUCUUAGCUGCCAGGACUUCGUUGUUGCAAGUAGAAAAAACGUCAAGCGCGAGCGUCAGAAAGAACACGCAGAGCGACGUCAACAAAGUUAUUAUUGGACAGGUGCCGGACCGCGGCGGGCGCCCUAACGAGGCGCAGCCCCCGCCGCCCGAGAUGCCGUCGUGGCAGCAGCGCUCCGCCGGCGCCGGGCCGCAGGGUGGUGGCGGCCGCGGCGGCGGUAUGGGGGGCGGGCGCGGGGGCGUGGGCGGGCGCGGGGGCGGGGGCGUGGGCGGGCGUGGGGGCGGGGGCAUGGGCGGGGGCGGACGCGGGGGCGGGGGCGGGGGCCGCGUGCAGGGCGGGUACAACCAGGGGCAGGGCGAUCAACGACCUCAAACGAGCCCAGCACCCUUCAAUCAGAACCCAAGCCGCAACUACCAAACCUACGAGGUCCCUCCAGGCGGUUAUAACAACAAUCAAAACUACCAGACCAACCAGUAUCAGAGCAACCAGGGUUACCAAGGAAACCAUCAAGCCGGCUACGAUAACCAGAGCAGGGGAUAUGACAACCAGAGGGGUUAUGAUAGCCGAGGUGGUGCCGGUGGCGGUGGUUAUCAGAGCCAGGGCGGAUACCAGAAUCAAGGUGGUGGUGGCGGCUACAAAACCUACCAAACCCAAUCGUACCAGAACCAGGGGUACCAGGGGAGGGGGUACCAGAACGAACAUGACGACCGCACCGAGAGGAGAGGGGGAGGAGGGGGAGGUGGAGGGAGGGGAGGCUACGGGGGGAGGGGACGACGUUAGAGUUAACUGUAAGGUGUUUGAUAGCAACCGUUACCUUACUGUUUUUUUUAAGUUGUAUAAGAACUUUUCAGAUUAUGCAAAAUUGAACCGUAUCACUAUGAAAUAAUGUUCGAAAUCAAGUGGGAAAUAUAUUCCCUCUGCCUUAUGGCGUUAUUCAUAAACGCGUUACAUACCUGAAUUAGCUAUGAAUCGUUUGUCUUUAUCUAUCAUUUUGACUUAUGUAUUUGUAAGAAAGGGAUAAAACAUAAUUUAACUAAAUCAGGCCCUUAAAGUUUUAUGAAUAAGGGGGUUAAAAUUCACUACUUUGCUGUUUUGGUGUUCGGUGGUUUUGAACUGCAUGCAAAAUUUUAAAAAUCCUAUUAGAAUCGAUUUGAUAUUACUUGCUUAUUGAAAACAUACAAAGUCUAAAUUAUUUUUUGCUGCUAUUAAGCUUAGAAUAAAUUUAAAAGUGGAAAAAUUACUGCCUUGGGUGAGACUUGAACUCACGGCCUCUGGAUACAAAGUCUAAGUAGAAAUCGUGCCCUAGGUUUGUCAGCAGAAAUACAGGGUGCUUUUGUUAUCACUGACCAAACUGAGGGGUAAAUAUGUAGUCAUAAAAUAUAUAAUCUACUUUGCUAUCAAAUGCCUUUAUAACCUAAUUAUACUAAUUUAAAACCUUCAUCAUUAUUAAAUCAAUAAUAUAAAUCUCAAAAUUGUUUAGUCAUUAUUAAGCUAGAAUUUAUCGAAAGCGCAAUUUAGAAAAAUUUUUAGCCACAUAAAAUAUACCAAAAUAGCAAAGAAUAUAUGAAAUUUGUAUGGAAACUAGCCAUUAUGACUAUUAUGAGUUUACAAUUUGCCUUAAAUCAGCAAUAAAUGAUUACAAUAGAAAUAUACAUAUAUAUAUAUACACAUAAUAUAUGUAUAAUUAUGUACAACUCAAUAGAACAUACUUUGUUGUAUGUAUUGUUUUUUUUUAUAUAUAAAAUAAAAGACUGCAAACUG